CCCGGGGCGGGCCCAGUGCGUGGCAGCCGGACCGCCGCCGGCCUCGUCGCGAACUUUCCAGCCUGAGAGCGCCGCCGGGCUGGCCGGGCGUCCCCACUCCCUGGCCAUGCGGCCCCUGCUGCUCCUGGCCCCGCUGGGCUGGCUGCUCCUGGCCAAAGCGAAGGACGACGCCAAGCCGGAGGACAACCUUUUGGUUCUCACGGUGGCCACGAAGGAGACUGAGGGGUUCCGACGCUUCAAGCGCUCAGCCCAGUUCUUCAACUACAAGAUCCAGGCGCUGGGCCUGGGAGAGGACUGGAAUGUGGAGAAGGUGACAUCAGCAGGUGGAGGGCUGAAAGUCCGGCUGCUGAAGAAAGCUCUGGAGAAGCACGCAGACAAGGAGAACCUGGUCAUUCUCUUCACAGACAGCUACGAUGUGGUGUUUGCGUCGGGGCCUCGGGAGCUCCUGAAGAAGUUCCGACAGGCCAAGAGCCAGGUGGUCUUCUCCGCCGAGGAGCUCAUCUACCCGGACCGCAGGCUGGAGGUCAAGUACCCAGUGGUAUCCGAUGGCAAGAGGUUCCUGGGCUCUGGAGGCUUCAUCGGUUAUGCCCCCAACCUCAGCAAACUGGUGGCCGAGUGGAAGGGCCAGGACAGUGACAGUGACCAGCUCUUUUACACUAAGAUCUUCUUGGACCCGGAGAAGAGGGAGCAGAUCAAUAUCACCCUGGACCACCGCUGCCGUAUCUUCCAGAACCUGGAUGGAGCCUUGGAUGAGGUCGUACUCAAGUUUGAAAUGGGCCACGUGAGAGCGCGGAACCUGGCUUACGACACCCUUCCCGUUUUGAUUCAUGGCAAUGGGCCCACCAAGCUGCAGCUGAACUACCUGGGCAACUACAUCCCGCGCUUCUGGACCUUCGAGACAGGCUGUGUGGUGUGUGAUGAGGGCCUGCGCAGCCUCAAGGGCAUUGGGGAUGAAGCUCUGCCCAUAGUCCUGGUCGGCGUGUUCAUCGAGCAGCCCACACCGUUCCUGUCCCUGUUCUUCCAGCGGCUCCUGCGCUUCCACUACCCCCGGAAACGGAUGCGGCUUUUCAUUCACAACCACGAACAACACCACAAGGCACAGGUGGAGCAGUUCCUGGCGGAGCAUGGUGACGAGUACCAGUCCAUGAAGCUGGUGGGCCCCGAGGUGCGGGUGGCGAGCGCUGACGCCAGGAACAUGGGCGCGGACUUGUGCCGACAGGACCGUGGCUGCACCUACUACUUCAGUGUGGAUGCCGACGUGGCCCUGACGGAGCCCAAAAUCCUGAGGCUGCUGAUUGAGCAGAACAAGAAUGUCAUCGCCCCCUUGAUGACCCGCCACGGGAGGCUGUGGUCGAACUUCUGGGGGGCCCUGAGUGCAGACGGCUACUAUGCGCGCUCCGAGGACUACGUGGACAUCGUGCAGAGGAGGCGUGUUGGUGUCUGGAACGUGCCCUAUAUCUCGAGCGUCUACCUGAUCAAGGGCAGCGCCUUGCGGGCUGAGCUGCAGCAGACAGACUUGUUCCACCACAGCAAGCUGGAUCCCGACAUGGCCUUCUGCGCCAACAUCCGGCAGCAGGAUGUGUUCAUGUUCCUGACCAACCGGCACAUCUUUGGCCACCUGCUGUCCCUGGACAAUUACCAGACCACCCACCUCCACAAUGACCUCUGGGAGGUGUUCAACAAUCCCGAGGAAUGGAAGGAGAAAUACAUCCAUGAGAACUACACCAAAGCACUGGCGGGGAAGCUGGUGGAGAUGCCUUGCCCGGACGUCUACUGGUUCCCCAUCUUCACGGAGACGGCCUGCGAUGAGCUGGUGGAAGAGAUGGAGCAUUUUGGACAGUGGUCUCUGGGAGAUAACAAGGACAACCGCAUCCAGGGCGGCUACGAAAACGUGCCGACCAUCGACAUCCACAUGAACCAGAUCAGCUUUGAGCGGGAGUGGCACAAGUUUCUGGUGGAAUACAUCGCCCCCAUGACCGAAAAGCUCUACCCCGGCUACUACACCAGGGCCCAGUUCGACCUGGCCUUCGUCGUCCGCUACAAGCCUGAUGAACAGCCCUCGCUGAUGCCACACCACGACGCCUCCACUUUCACCAUCAACAUCGCCCUGAACCGGGUCGGGGUGGAUUACGAGGGCGGAGGCUGUCGGUUCCUGCGCUACAACUGCUCCAUCCGAGCCCCACGGAAGGGCUGGACCCUCAUGCACCCCGGGCGACUCACGCACUACCACGAGGGACUCCCCACCACCAAGGGCACCCGCUACAUCGCCGUCUCCUUUGUCGAUCCCUAAUUGGCCAGGCCUGGCCACCUCGGACCUUUUUCUCUUUGCCAACAACCACUGCCCCGUAGCCUCUGGGGCCUCGGGGUCCCAGGGAACCCAGUCCAGUCUCCAGGCUCUGGAUCUCCCAUUGCUCUUGGAGAUGCCGUCGGAGAGAGCAGGCCACUGGCCAGAGGCGGAGCACACCUCCUCAGCUAGGGCUUUCCUGGUGCCCUGGAUCCAGCCCGGAGAGACGCUGUCCAUUAUCACUGUGUAUACCAACUCGUCUUUUCCCACUUGUCUUCCUGAAAAACCCAGUCCCCCUUCCUCCAUGUCUUUCAUGGGGUGAGACUCGAGCAGGACAGGGGCUUACCCAGCUGCCCAGAGACUCUAGGGGCAGGGAGCCAUACCCCAGAGCUUCUCCUAGGCAGAGCUGCAGCCCCAGGGCCUUCUGCUUCAAGCUUCAGGGUGGACACAGAGAUCCAGAUCAGACUCAAGUUCCCGCGUGACCCUGGGACGACUGAAGCCCCUUCUUCUCUGGCUCCAGUCAUGAGUAAAACAUCCACUGGAGAUGGCAACUCAAGAAACCUCCUGGAAGUCAGAAAAGGCAUCAAUGCCACAGCUCCAACCUCUGCUCGACCGUUGGGAAAGGGAGUGACAUGUCCAUACAUUGCACUGUGUCACCCUGUCCUGGAUGCCUCCAGAGAGAGGGACAGUCAGAAACAGGAGAGUUUCUAUUAAAGGUCAUUCAAACCACUGA